AUGACCAGAACCUCAGUUUUAGCAGAUGCUUUAAACGCCAUCAACAACGCCGAAAAGACCGGUAAGAGACAAGUUCUCAUUAGACCAUCAUCAAAAGUCAUUAUUAGAUUUUUGACUGUUAUGCAAAAACAUGGUUACAUUGGAGAAUUCGAAUACAUUGAUGAUCACAGAUCAGGUAAGAUUGUUGUUCAAUUAAACGGUAGAUUAAACAAGUGUGGUGUUAUUUCACCAAGAUUUAACGUCAAGAUUGGUGACAUUGAAAGAUGGACUGAUAACUUGUUACCAGCUAGACAAUUCGGUUACGUUAUCUUGACUACUUCUGCUGGUAUCAUGGACCAUGAAGAAGCUAGAAGAAAGCACGUUUCUGGUAAGAUUUUGGGUUUCGUUUAUUAA